GUUUUUCCUCGCCCGCUUGCUCUCUGGUGUCUAAACACGAGCAGCGGCUCCGCGCACAACAACAAACGCGCUUUCUGCAGCAGGAAGAGGAGCAGCGGAGAAAGAAAGACACUUUAAAACAUGUCGUUUCGGUAAAAGUCACUCGCUCGUGGAUAAGACGGGUUUUUUUAAACGAGGAAGACGACGCGUGGACCGCCCGCUCCCCCGGAGCACGGUUUUUCUGCUGCUUCUCCUCGGCCGAACAAACGACGUGCAUUGUUCUUUUUUUUUUUUUUGCUUUCUGUGCCCUCUGGGAGAAGAGGGGGAGAGAGAGGGAGAGGGAGAGAGAGAGAGAGAGAGAGAGGGAGCUCCUGGGAUGCUCGACCGACCGGUCCGCCAUGCUUUUCUAAGGCCUCCAGAAGCUAAAGACAGGGAGUCAUUAAUAGAGCGAGUGACCCCCCCGAGCUGCCACCAUGGCCCUCGUUCAGGCUCUGCCCGUUUCUGCUGAGCCCCACAACCCGGGCCUCGGCGGAGGACCUCGCAGGAGACACCCCUCCAGCUCCUCGCCCCCUACCACCGCUCCACCCUGCGCUCUGGAUCCCAUGGGUUCCGUCAGCAGCCUCAUCGGCCCCCGCCCCGGCCUCUACCACGACCACCGAGCUGCAGUCGAGCCGGGAGCGAGGGUCCGCCGGCCCACGCCGGGCACCUCCCGAGGCCUGGGCUCCGGGUCGCCUCUAGACCCUCUGUCGCUGCAGAGCGCCGCGCCGUCCAGCAAAGGGCCGGAGAAGGAGAGCGGGAACUACACCUAUCUGAACGAGGUCUACAUCGGCGACUGGAACGACAACCACGUGACGCGCGGCAGCCCGGGAAGCGACGCCGACGACGCCAAAGGAUCGGGGUCGAAUGGGAACAUGGGAGGACCUCCUCCAAAGCUGAUCCCUGUGUCUGGAAAACUAGAGAAGAACAUGGAGAAAACCGUGCUGCGGCCCACCGCCUUCAAACCCGUCAUCCCCAGGAGCCGCACCGCCAUGCAGUACCUCUCCCCUCGCCACUGUGCCAACGAAAGCCAAAGCAACCUGAACCUGCUGAGCACCGCCCACGUAGAGGGGUCGCCCUCCUGCUCCGAGAAAAGCAGCUCGUACAGCAGGGCCCGCGGCGGCGUCUGCGGGAGCGUGAGCAGCCAUUCCUGCCAACUGACCGACUCCGGACGCAACUCCCUCACCAGCCUCCCGCCUUACGGCGCCGGUGGCUACAGCCUGGCAUCGGGAGAGGCCUCCGCCGGCCACCUGGAGCCCGUGAAAAGCGGCCCGCCCGUCGGCGGACACGGACACACCAACUCGGACAGCGGGCGCUCGUCCUCCAGUAAGAGCACCGGCUCCGGCUCCAUGAGCGGCCGAGGUCAGCCUCUGUCCGACAGCGGGUCGGGCGGGCGCUCCCCGGGCCCGGCGGAGGGGUACGAGGGAGUGGUGAGGGACCUGGAGGACAAGCUGAGGGAGAGGGAGCUGGAGCUGCAGCAGCUCAGAGAAAACCUGGACGAGAACGAGGUGGCAAUCUGUCAGGUUUACGAGGAGAAGCAGAAGCGCUUGGAGCUGGAGCUGGAGGAGCUGAGGCAGGGCUGUGCCACCCGGAUGCAGGUGGCCUCGCAGAAGGCCCAGCGGGCGCAGCAGGUGCUCCAGUUGCAGGUUUAUCAGCUCCAGACGGAGAAGAAGAAGCUGCAGGAGGACUUUUCUCAGCUUCUGCAGGAGCGCGAGCAGCUGGAGGAGCGCUGCGCCUCCUUCGAGCACGAGAAGGUCCAGCUGGGGCCUCGACUGGAGGAGAGCGAGUGGGAGGUCUGUCAGAAGUCGGGGGAGAUCUCGUUGUUGAAGCAGCAGCUGAAGGAGGUACAGGGGGAGUUGGCGCAGCGCGUGGGCGAGGUCGUCUCGCUGCGGGGUCAACUCAGAGAGGCUCGCGGCGAGCUCGCCGACACCCAGGUCCUGCUGCAGGAGGCCCGCGGCGCGGCGCGCACCCGCAGCCUGGAGCUGGAGGUGUGCGAGAACGAGCUGCAGCGCCGCAAGAGCGAAGCGGAGCUGCUGCGAGAGAAGGUGGGCCGCCUCGAGGUGGAGAUGUCUCGCCUCCGAGACGCUCUGGCCAACCAGGGCCCGGGGAACCGGCAGUGCCACGUGUUUCAGGGCGCCGAGGAGCGCCUGCUCGCCUUCGAGGGCGACGAGGCCCCGCGGCAGAGCGCCGCCGACGCCCUGCAGAACGCGGACCGGGCGAGGGCCGAGCUGGCCUUCGAGCGCCAGCGGGCCGAGCGGCAGACGGGAGUCUUCGAGGAGGAGCGCAGGAUGUGGCAAGAGGAGAAGGACAAGGUCAUCCGCUACCAGAAGGAGCUGCAGCAGAACUAUGUGCAGAUGUACCGGCGGAACCGGGAGCUGGAGCAGCUCCUGCAGGAGCUCAGUCGGGAACUGGAGAGCCGGGAGGAGGACGAGGGCAGCGGCAACGAGAUCAACUUCGACGAGAUCGCCGCCACGGAGAUUUGACCCCCGCGUGUCUCUCCAGUCUUUUGAUUUGCACUACUGUCGACCAUGUUUGUUUUUCCCCCUCCGCCUAACGCCACAGAUCCCAUCUCUAUUGUGCCGUUGAGAUAAUAAAUGAACAAAAAUCCUACUUGAAGGCCAGUGACCUCUAUUACACCUCGGUCCUCUUCGGCUCCGACGUCUGUCUGUUUGUGGGAGAAUUUGUCAUCGAUGAGUAACUUCCCCUCAACCUUUUCGCUCUCCUCCUCCCUGAGUCAUGACUCCGCCUCCCCUGCUGGUUUUAAUCCCACACCUUCAGUAAACGUGGGUCAGCGCGAUGAGAGCGAGUGAAUCAGAGCGACGGUGACGCCGGACGCCCUCUCAUCAUGACCGACGAGCAAACGGGAGAAGGUUCCAGAAUACGUCGACUUCCUCAAUUUUGCAGGGACCAAAAAAAAACCCACACAAAAACAACGCACGCUCUAAUUUUCAAGUCUCAUUCAGCACAAAUGUCUUGUUUUUAUACACCUUUUACCCUAAAUGCUGGAAAAAAACAAACAUCUGGAGAGUAAUGUAACUAAACACAGUAAUAUCUGGAUUAAAUACAGCCUUAAAAAAGGGAUAGUUUGGAUUCUUUUGGAGGUAUUUUUAUUCUAACCGUUUUUUUUAGUUUUUUUUUAAACACACGUCUCACAAAAUCAGCGGUUGAACAGCUGCAAGCUAAAAGCAAUGUUGUCAACGAAGUCUAUUACUGUACUGCAAUAUCGACGGACUGUACAUGCACGAUGUUGUAAAAGUCGGUGCAGUUAUUAAUAUCGGUAAAGACGGCAUUUCCCAAUUCCCAGGAAUACAAAGAGACCCCAUUCCCAGGGUCCCACUGGCUUACUGGGACCCGUACUGGGUUUCCAUUUAAUGGAGUUUGUUUCACCUGCACUUUUUCUGACGAGUCUAAAAUCACCAGUGCACUGUUUACUGUACAUGCACCAUAUAUAAAUACCUGCAAUACUUUCUGCUAACAAUUCCACAGUACUAGACAACAGUAGUACCAUCUUCACGAUGUACAAGUAUCUGAAACCUCGACGUCCUGCUGCUCACUAUAGAGCAAACUACUGAGUUAUAAUAUUAUCCACGGAUGCCGCGUGCUUUUCCUACAGCGACGUGCUUGAAAUGUCUUCUGUGGAAAAAAUAAAUAAAUAAAUAAAAAGGCUGAAUCUCAUUAAUGCAAAAACAUUGUGUGAUUUCCGCCUCCUGAAGAACUCUCAACGCCAAACUGCUGCCUUCAUUUUCUUUUUGGGGGUCUUUUUGUCGCUCUUCGUGAACUUUUUUUUUUAAGUCUUUAAAUGUGGAAACAUAAGACGCUCCGAAGAAGAUGUGUUACUCGGAGCGGUUUCCAUUCCCUAAAACCACUAAGGCAUUGUUUUUACCCCAACUUAAUAAAUAGGCAACUAAACAGUUACGAGCCAAACGUGUUCAUACAAAUAUGGGAAUUGAUAACGUUUUUUACAUUCGUGCAGCACGUUUCUGCGUAAUUUUAGACUUUAAAUGUCAUAUUUCCUGAUUUAAUGAACUAGACCUUUGAUGAUCAGCGUUGUGAGUCCUCAGGUGAGAAUCAUAACGUAUAUUAUAAUCUAUAGAAAGGUAUGAAACCCUGUAACACUUAAAUCGACUCAUGGUUUAGAUCGCCCAUUCCUACUGUUUUUAAAUUAGUACUAUCAGUCAUAGUAAUACUUACAGAAAGCCCAAAGUAGAACGCCUCAUGAUCAGUGUCAGAAAUGUUUUAUCUGUCCAUAAGAGGUUGAUUACUGUGUGAUUUGUUCACCUCUGAUGGGGAAACCUGCACUAAAUGAGGGUUGUUUUGGCUGGUUUCACAUUUAUUUACUUCCCUUUACGACAGAAACAAGAGAAAAUAAAUAUUUGUGUUCCUCCGUCGCUGCCGAUUCGUCCUCAUAAAUCGUGAUGUUUUCUUCCAAGAGGUGUUUGUCCAUCUCAAAACAACAAAAAUAAAUAGCCACUGUGAAUAGACCAAAGCAAUGUCGCACAUUUAUAUUUUGCUCCUACAGAAACGACGCCUGUAUAUUAUUAAUGUUUGUUCGUGUGGAUGUUUGUUCCGGUUCUUCAGUAUAAUUUUAUAAUCCACAAUAUUUGUAUGAAGACAUUAAAUGUAUAUUUUCAUGCUGUACAUCUGUUGAACAAACCUGUUUUUAAUU